AUGGGUUUGGGGGUAUGCGAAGAGGAUGAAGGGGACUUGUUUGGGACAGGCGGACUCUGCGGUGCUACAAGGAAUGGGGCCGUCUGUCUCGGUGACGGGCCGGUCAGUGGGCUUGCGUGUUUCGAGAGAAGACUCGGCGAAAAGACUCGACAGCGAGUCAAGGGUAGAGUCACGAGGAGGCAGGGUUCAGCGAAAGGGCACAACGGGCGUCAAGUGUCUCGUGGGCUCCCAGGGGCCGACCGCUUAGGAAGUGCCAGGCGGGGCGUGGUCGUCUCCGUGCGGGACUGCAUGGAUGAAGGGUGUCAUGAAGAUGGGGACACCAGGUCAAAUCCUGAGGAUGUCACACUGCCGUCGACCUUUGGGCCCCUGACCAAGGCCCCUAAACCUCAAUACCUCCUGGGCCUCUGGACUAUAGAGGAGCCGCCUUAUUUGACCGUCGGCACUGAUGUCAGCGCCAAGUACCGCGGCGCCUUCUGCGAGGCCAAGAUCAAGACGGCCAAGCGGUUGGUGAAAGUCAAGGUGACCUUCAAACUGGAUUCGUCGACGGUGGAGGUUCACGACGAGAACAUCAGAGGGCUUUUGAAGGUAGGAGCGGUGGUGGAGGUGAGGAACCAGGAUGGGACGUAUCAAGAGGCGACCAUCAACAAACUGACUGACGCCAGCUUGUACACAGUUGUGUUCGACGACGGCGAUGAGAAGACCCUAAGGCGGUCCUCGCUGUGCCUGAAGGGAGCCCGCCACUUUGCAGAGAGCGAGACGCUUGACCGGUUGCCCCUGACAAACCCCGAGCACUUUGGAACUCCAGUCAUCAGGAAGAAGGGAAGUCGAGGCCGGCGAUCCAACCCAGUUCAGGAGGAUGAGACCACGUCAUCCUCCAGCGAGGAAGAGGAGGCCGACCAGCGGCUGAAUGACGAGCUGCUGGGGAAGGUGGUGUGUGUGGAAACCGUAACCACGGGCGACAAGAAGAGGACGACAUGGUACCCUGCUCUGGUCGUCUCCCCCGACUGCAGCGAGGAUAUCUCCAUGAAGAAGGACAGCGUCUUCAUCCGCUCCUUCAAGGAUGGCAAAUUCUCUGUUGUGCUGCACAAGGACAUCCGUGAACUGGACAGCGAGUCAGUACCGAAAGCAGACUCCGGGCUGAGACAGGUCCUGGAGGGGGCGCUGGCCUUCCAGCGGUGGGGCACGGUGCCCAACAACUGGAGGAUGGAGGUGAAGGAUGACAGCUCCAGCAGUGAGGAAGACGAGGGUGACGAGGAAGAGGAACGUGAGGAGGACACCGGCAGCGAGGGGGAGCAGGAGGAAGUGGAGCCCUUCCCUGAAGAGAGAGACAACUUCAUACAGCAGCUGUACAAGUUCAUGGAGGACCGGGGUACCCCCAUCAAUAAGAGACCUGUGCUGGGCUACAGGAACCUCAACCUAUUCAAGCUCUACCGGCUAGUGCACAAACUGGGGGGGUUCGAUAAUAUUGACAGUGGUUCGGUCUGGAAGCAAGUCUACCAGGACUUGGGGAUACCGGUGCUGAACUCUGCCGCUGGUUACAACGUCAAGUGUGCCUAUAGAAAGUACCUCUUCGGCUUCGAAGAGUACUGCACCUCCGCUGGCAUCUCUUUCCGGAUGGAUCUCCCCCACAAGCUGGAGCGGAGGGCGGAGCCGGAGGCGGGGAGUAAUGCCCCCGUGACGCCGAGUAAAGGGGCGGAGUCAAAGGAGCAACAGCCUACCACUGACAGCCAGACCAGCGAGACACAGUCUACGGUAUGCAAGGGCGAGACCGAGGCCAGGCCGGGCCAGGCAGAAGCCGACGAGGUCGAGGGCGAGAGCCCGAAGGCUGAGGAGGAGCUGCAGAGGGAAGGACAGGCGGGGGGCGAAGAGGAUAAUGAGGAAAAGCCUUUGGGCCCCCGGGAAGAAAUUGUCAAGCAGGAGCCUUUGGAGGAAGAGCAGGAGGAAGAGCAGGAGGAAGAGCAGGAGGGAGAGCAGGAGGAAGAGCAGGAAGGAGAGCAGGAGGAAGAGCAGGAGGGAGAGCAGGAGGAAGAGCAGGACAAAUCAGGGGAUGACAGCAGUCAGGAGGGGGAAGGGGAGGAGUUUGAGUGUUACCCCCCAGGGAUGAAGGUGCAGGUGAGGUAUGGGCGAGGCCGCAAUCUGAAGACGUACGAGGCCACUGUCAAAGAGUCAGACCUGGAGGGGGGAGAGCUGCUCUACCUGGUGCACUACUGUGGCUGGAACAUCAGAUAUGACGAAUGGAUAAAGGCAGACAAGAUCGUGCGACCAGCCAAUAAGAAUGUGCCAAAAGUGAAACACCGGAAAAAAAUCAAGAACAAAAGUGAAAGGGACGGACUGGAGAGAAUGUCUAACAGGGAAGACUCUGCUCCUCCCAAGCCCAGCCGAUCCCAUCGCUCCCCCAAGCCUAGUGCCGCCCACGAUGGCUUCUCCAGGCCAGAAGUCAACUGUGAGAAAGGGGCGGAUUCAUCUCCGGUGAAGGGCGGCGACGUUUCCUCUGCCGCCAACGGGCUGCACGCUUCUGGAAUCUCAACAGAUGAAAGCGACCGAGAGGAUGAGGAAGCGAAUCAGGAGGAAGACAGGAAGGAGGCCCUGCAGGACUCUGAGCCCUGGGCGGGCGGGCCCCCCCAGGAAGGGUGCAGACCAGCUGGCUCGCCUGGACCGGAAGGUGAGAUCUGCACCCAGAAACGGAAGGCAGAUAGCCCUGGGGAACAUCUACAGAGGAGCCAUUCCAAGAGCAGUGCCAGGGGCCGGACUGUGGAGUGGCUGCCCACUGGCUCCCCCAAGAGACUGGAGGACAGUACUGCAACUCCCGGAAAGGAGGGGGAUGCCACAUCCAGCAUAAGUAGUAGCUCAGAGGAUGAGGGGGAUGCCCCUUGUGAGGUCCAAGAUGGGGAACAGACUCGUCCCAAAGCCAAGGUCUCACCAUCCAAGAAAUACAAUGGGCUAAAAGAGAAGGUGAAGGCUGGCCGUCCUUCUGGGUUCUGGGAGGUUCCUGAGAAGCGGGCCAAGGUGGCACAGAGUACAGACGAGAGGGUCUCUGCCGGGGGCCGACCCAAGGGCCAGAAGGAUGUCUGGUCUAGCAUCCAGGGCCAGUGGCCCAAGAAAACCCUGAAGGAGCUGUUCUCCGACUCGGACACGGAGGUAGCCAACUCCCCCCCACCGGCCCUCCCCGCCCCCGAGGAGCCAAAGGCCGACCGGGGGCUGGUGAACAUUCUGGCUGGGGAGGAGGAGAGGCAGGAGCCAGAGAGGACCCAGGAGUUUCCCAGCAGUGGCAGCAACUCUGUACUCAAUACCCCCCCCACCACCCCCGAGUCCCCUCCUCUGGCAGCCAAUGGUGGUGGCGAUACCACCGAGGCCUCCAAACGGACCCAGGAGCACACCCCUCCCCCGCCACCCCCACCUCCACUGGCCGCUGACCCACCCGUCGUCCCGUCUCCGUCGCAGCCCACACAGGAGGAGAGCAUGGGGGGGCGCAGCGAGACGGACAGCACGGUAGAGGUGGAAAGCCUCGGUGGGGAGCUCCAGGAGUUGCCCCGGGAGGAAGGGGCAGGAUCCCCCUGCACUGCCUUCGAUGGCAGCCUGUCCUGCAACAGCAGCAGCAGCAGCAGCCAGCUGGAAGGAGAGCAAGAGGUCAAAGUGGUGUCGGCGGGCCAUAAACGGCAGAAAGACCCAGAAGAGGGCUGCCCGAUGAAGAGGAACAAACGCAGCCACAAGAGCUCCAGCGGGCAUCCGAGGAAGGGCCGGAAAACAGCACACAGCAGUGACAGUGAGGACCAGUCCACCAAUGAAAACGGCGCCAAAUCUCCCGCCUCAAGGGCUCCCGGAAGGACGCCCCCUUCUGGCCACAAAUACCACAAGCAUGGGGAUCCGGAUCACCAAAAUCAGCAUCGGGAACAGCAGAGUCGCUCACCACGUGUAUACAAAUGGAGCUUUCAGAUGUCCGACCUGGAAAAAAUGACCAGCUUGGAAAGGAUCUCCUUCCUGCAGGAGAAGCUGCAGGACAUUCGCAACCACUACCUCUCGCUCAAGUCGGAGGUGGCGUCCAUAGACCGGAGGCGAAAGCGUUUAAAGAAGAAGGACCGAGAAAUUGCCGUGGCUGCCUCCUCGUCCUCGUCCCCCUCCUCCAGCUCGCUGACUGCGGCCGUCAUGCUCACUCUCACUGACCCGCCCGUGACGGGGCCCGCACAGAACUCUGGGAUGUCGGUGGAGUGCAGGUGACACAACAUCCGGUGACCCAGAAAACUCAGCAAAUGAACAACAGGCACUAUAUAUUUUUUUUUUUAUAUUGACAACUGUUUUUCUUUUUGGCAAGCUAACUGCACUUAAGUGCACUUUCAUGAAGGGAGCUGGGAAAACGCAACGGUGGACUUGCUGUGUCUUGGUGAUAAAGACAUUAAGUUGUUUUCUCAGAGCAAUAAUUGUUUUCACCUUGAUUGUGUUUUGAGGUGGGGGGGAGGGGUACGGUCAGUGAAUUCGGAGGGGUCCUUCCUGUAGUGUGUCCGUCAACUGUAACAUGUCGCGUUUACAUGUGUCGCAUUAAAUGUAACCGCUAAAGAGUAUCUCCCCUUCCCCUGUUCAGUAGCUUAUCUUCUGAACGUCCUCGUGUCCUGUGAGUGAAAGGUACACCCCUUGUCCAUCAAGCAAAGCUGAGCUGAAAAAAGAGUAAAAAAUACCCACAGAACAUUAUGGGGGGGUGUCCCCCACCCUGCCAUAGAGGUUGUUGUUAUUAUUAAAAUAAUAAAGCUGUAAGACCAUGAGCCACGGAGGUACCCUGUAACCUCAUUGUCAGCUGAACGUCAGAGUGAUACUCUUGUGCCUUGUUGCUUUUCAUCGGGCACUUGGAUAGACGACACGGUUGAACCCACCUGGCCCUGUUGUGAGCGUGCUGAGUCCGGCACUGGCAGAAGACUCCCAGCAAAUUAACUUCCUGUUUACAGAUGACAGAAGAUCCUCGUGUCAGCAGCUGAGAGACGUGAAAAGGGCUCUUUAAAGUAUUCAGUGAUGAUCUGUAUCUCUCGGAACAUGGCUAAAAGAUUCACUGGUGAUGGAGCUCACCUUCAAAAUAGUGACUCUUGUACAUGAAAUGGAAAGAAGUUGCACUUUAAGAAAUGAGAGUAAAUGUAUUUUGCUACUGAAUAUGAAUAUACCAGUAAGAUGGAUUUACAAAGAGAAGUCUCACUUAACAGUGACUGUAAAUGCACUACAGCGGAAAAUAAACUUAAUCACGGUUCAAUAUAAACCCUAAAAUGAAGACCCCGGUUUUGUAGUUUCAUUGUCUUCCCAAUGAUAUUUUCACCCCAUGUUUUGCUUAUUGGCCUACCUUCAUGGAGCCUAACGAAUGUGUAUUACACUCAGACACUGUCCAGGCCGAUAUCUGUCACAGCAGGGGAGGAGCUGUGGGUAAACAGCUGUGUAGUCAGUCUUAUCAGUAUCGUGCAGAAGCUGACGCUUACUGCAGCUGGUGGCAUGAAUGAAUUAUGGGAAUUCUCUUGGCAAGGGUACAGAUUUUUUUUAAAAAAGAAGGAUUAUUUAAGGGAGGAAAACGAAGAAAGGUUUGUUCUUAAACCUAGGAAACCUAAGUUCAUCUCUACACUUGGUACUGAUAUGUCUCACUGGGAACAUUGGCUGUUGCUUUGCUACAUCUUAUCGGAGUGUGUGUCUGUGUGUGUUGGGGUAUCCAUCAACCACUGAGCUUGUUCACAGGUCUGAUCGGGGUGUGCCCUCUUAAAUGUGUGUGUGUGUGUGUGUUUUCUUUGAGUUUCUUCAAUCAGGUAAAAAGUUACAGUUUUGCAAACAUGCAUUUAUUACAGAGAUGGAUGACAUUGGUGCAUUCAGUUCUUAAGAGAACUCAAGUCUGUACAGACUCCCUGUUGUAUGAUAAACCGAAGACCUUUUUUUGGUUUUGGCACUAUGUAAUUGUAUGCCUUUGUAAUACAUUUGUAUAUCAAAAUGUGUUUGGAGUCAAGCUAUUUAAUAUGUUACACUGUUAAUACUGUGUACUUUUCUGUACAGACUUUUACCGUUUUAACUGUAGUUUCUCUGUACAUCUUUAGAGGGUUAAAGCAUGUCUCCUUUGUUUUAUGUCUUUGCCUUCCCCGUGGGACAGUUUUAUCCAGUUAUUUUUCAUACUUUUUUCUAGAAAAGUCAGCAUUUUUUUUAGUUUGCUGUCAUAUACGAAGCAUUGUAUUCUUGAAGGUGAGUUCAGAAGUAUUUUCCAACCUGUACAUGGGCUUGUAAAGCUUUACCUUUACAAAUAAGUUCGGAGAGAAGGGAUGCAGUGAAAGCUCUAAAGUAUUUAUUAGAUUCCUUGAAGGAUGGACAUUGUGUAAUUUAUUGUACAAAUGUAAGCUAAAAGAAGCCUCUGUUUGAAAUAAAUACCAUAGUUUGUGAA